AUGGAAGACUCUUGGACCGAGCUUGUGCAUUGCGGCCUCAACACCACACCAGAGCGGCCACUGAUUCCGGUGGUCAGGUGCAACCUGGUAUCGCACGGAAACGCCAACGCUGAGGCAGAUUUCCGCUUCGACGUCCACGGCGUGCGGAGACUUGCGGCUCUGUUUGGGCUCCCCGAGACGGUCAUCACCAGCAGCAACGACAGAUGCAAUAGCCUGGAGGCGAUUUCUAUUCUACUGUAUAGACUAUCGUAUCCGCGUCGCCUGCUUGACAUGUCCAUCAAGUUCGGGCGGUCUACUAGCAGUUUGUGCCGGAUAUUUUUAUGCAUGGGUAAGUCGAGCUGCGAUCUAAAUUAUGUUCAGCAUUUAACACUGUAUAAUUGUGACUAG